AUGGAAAUUACUCAGAGCUAAAAUCAUCAUAUUGGAGAUCAAUAUAUUCAGUAGAGCCUUAAGAUAUUUACUUUUGUUCUAAUAAUCCUUCAAGUUGCUAAGGAGGUAGUGGAAUAGGAAAUGAGCUUUGCUAUGAAGGUCAUGUAGGAGCCUAAUGUUUGA